CGCCCGGAGCCAGCGCGGGGCCAGGGGGCCCGCCCCGCCCGCCUCUCGGCCCCGGACGGCCCGGCGGGGAGGCGCCCAUGCGGGACGGCGCAGCGCGGUGAGGGCGCGCGCGGGCGGGCGGGGGCACAGCCGGCACCAUGUCCAUGCUGCCCACCUUCGGCUUCACGCAGGAGCAAGUGGCGUGCGUGUGCGAGGUGCUGCAGCAGGGCGGCAACAUCGAGCGGCUGGGCCGCUUCCUGUGGUCGCUGCCCGCCUGCGAGCACCUCCACAAGAAUGAAAGCGUGCUCAAAGCCAAGGCGGUGGUGGCCUUCCACCGCGGCAACUUCCGGGAGCUCUACAAGAUCCUGGAGAGCCACCAGUUCUCGCCGCACAACCACGCCAAGCUGCAGCAGCUGUGGCUCAAAGCGCACUACAUCGAGGCGGAGAAGCUGCGCGGCCGGCCCCUGGGCGCUGUGGGCAAAUACCGCGUGCGCCGCAAGUUUCCGCUGCCGCGCUCCAUCUGGGACGGCGAGGAGACCAGCUACUGCUUCAAGGAAAAGAGUCGCAGCGUGCUGCGCGAGUGGUACGCGCAUAACCCCUACCCCUCACCGCGCGAGAAGCGCGAGCUGGCGGAGGCCACGGGCCUCACCACCACGCAGGUCAGCAACUGGUUUAAGAACCGGCGGCAGCGCGACCGGGCAGCCGAGGCCAAAGAAAGGUACGAGGAGAACAGCGAGAACGCCAACUCCAACAGCCACAACCCGCUGGCUGCGACGCUGAACGGCAGCGGCAAGUCGGUGCUAGGCAGCUCGGAGGACGAGAAAACGCCGUCGGGGACGCCAGACCACUCGUCGUCCAGCCCUGCGCUGCUGCUCAGCCCGCCGCCGCCCCCCGGGCUGCCGUCCCUGCACAGCCUGGGCCACCCUCCAGGCCCCAGCGCGGUGCCGGUGCCCGUGCCGGGCGGAGGCGGCGCGGACCCGCUGCAGCACCACCAUGGCCUGCAGGACUCCAUCCUCAACCCCAUGUCGGCCAACCUCGUGGACCUGGGGUCCUAGAGCCCCGCCUGCCUCGACGUGCUCGCCUCGCCGGCUUGGCGCCGGGGACCUGAGAGACGGUGUCAGAGGGCGCCCUGCGGCCGGCGGGCCCCACCGGGUACUGAAAGACCCGCGCGCUGAGCGGGCAGAACCGCCGGCCCAGGCAGGGUGGAUGGCUCUUUGGUUUGGCCUUUGUCCGGGAUUUAUUUUCAACAAGUUGCUUCGGAGGUCGUUUGGAGGCCUGGGACCCGGCCUUGAACCAGGGAAGGGAAUAAAUUAUACACCAUGCUCACACUCUCUCCCUACCUUCUCACCGCUUCCUUGCUCUUCCCUUCCCUUCCCUUCCUUGCUCUUAUUUCCAGGUCCUUUUCCUUCCCUCUCUCUGGUCCUUUCCCCCUUUCCCUGCCCCUCUCUCUAUGCUUCUGGCUUGUCAAUUCUCGCUAAGUUUCCGUUUCUCUUUUUCUCCGUUUUUCCCGUUCUCCUCUCGCCAGCCUCUCGCACUCCUGGCCCCUGGGUCCGUAUCCCUCAGCCUCUCUCCUCCUGCCUGGACGUCUGUUUGCGCCCUCCUCCCCCACUGCCCUGGCCUGGAAGUAGGAGGGGGAAGAGCAGAGGAACCCGGCCUUCUCCGGAGGCCCUCCGCGGGGUUCGGCGUGUCGCAGGUGUCCGCUGUGCGCCUAGUAACUUAAGUGAAAGAGAAAGGACCACGGCGCGGAGGCCUCUGCACGCGCCCUUGCCGCUUGCCUGCCUCUCUCUCUCUCUCUCUCUCUCUCUCUCUCUCUCUCUCUCUCUCUCCUUCUCUCUCCUCCUCCCCAUGAGGCCCGCCACCCUCUCCCCUCUUCCUCCCGGACUGUGGCCACAGUGCCCCCGGCAGAGUGCGCCUCCCGAGCCGCGGACUUGCCGUCUGUCUCCCUGUUACGCCCUCAUGUGAAUGUUCUUCGGGAAAUAUUUCUGCUUUUAUUUUAUAAUAAAAUUAGAAAUCAUAAA